CAAUCAAUAUGGCGCAGCAUGUUGUUUUAAAUUGACAGCUGUGUUUUCUUUCACAGACGUGAUUACUUGUAAUGUUUAUAUUGUAUUGUGAGACGAACGCGAGUGAACUUAAUAUUUAACAAUUAAUAACAAUGACUCGACCGUUUGGUAAUAGUGAUAAACGUUUUUCAAUUGACGAUGCAUUCGAAGAAGAAACCGAUGAAGCUAUAAAAGUGUAUGGUGCCACGGGCGAUAGAUCUCCUAUGCAGAAUAAACUCAAGAAUGGAGUCGAUUAUUUGUCAAGCAAAACCUACAAAUGCUCCGAAGACACAACCUCACGCGACUCAGACUCACUGAUACACGAGUAUGUGGAGUCCACACAGUCCAUGUACUGCUGGAACCAUCCCAAAGUGCGGGAGAAUUGGAAAACAGUCUGCGCUGCUGUCGUACUCCUUCUAGUCGGAGUAGCUCUCCUUGGGAUGGGCGCGUAUGCUGUAGCCGAACCUGAGAACGGCCUGCAGGGUGCGGUAUUCUUCGUAGCAGGCUUGAUAUGCUUCGUGCCUGGUGCGUACCACGUGGUAUAUAUCUGGCUAGCGGCGAGAGGACAGAGGGGAUACGAUUUCUACCACCUCCCGCUCUUCACUUGAUUCAACAGCAUUUUUAUAGUCAAUUGAAAUUUAAACUAAACGGAAAUGGAGUGCAAUAUUGUACGAUGGUGUUGCCAGGAUAGCUCUCUAAAUAUGUUAAGGCGUGUUCAGACAUGACUAGUAAUGUAACAUGUGAACAAACCUUGUUUGUGUAAAAUCAUGCAACACUAAGAGUGUUAUAUUUUAAAGCGAACUUCUAAAUAUUAAAUUAAUCUUGCAAAAAGAAUAGCUAGAAUAAGAGUAAGAGCUCUAGAUGUAUUUAUCUCUUUCUUUAUAGAAACUAAAAAAAUUGUUAUUAUUUAAAAUGGUUCGAAGUCUUAAAGAAAGCAGUGGAAAGAAACAGGGCAAAAUAUUUCAAUACAUAAAAUAGAUUUAAUAUAC